AACUGCUGCCCGUGACUGCCCGACUGCCGUGCAGAACUUUGGCUGCCAAACGUUCACCGGGAAGCAUGAGGAAAGAAGCAGCCCUGAUGCUAACUCUCCUCUGGGCCUUGGCGUCAGGGUCCCAGCCUCUUGAAGCAGGAGCCACUAAACAGGCAUCGGCGGCCGAAAGCCAGAAGUGCCCCGCCCCGUGCUUUUGCAGCUACGACGACUGCAACGAUGAACUGAGCAUCUACUGCAGCUCCCGGAACCUCACGAGCCUCCCGGAAGAUGUCCCGAGGGCCGUGCGGCUGUUUUGGCUGGACGGCAACAAUUUCACCUCCUUGCCGGCCCUGACCUUCCGCAACCUGUCCAGCCUGGAAUUUCUCAACCUCCAAGGGAGCCAGUUGGUCCUCAUCGAACAGCACGCCUUCCACGGCCUGGAGGGGCUGUACUCCUUAUUCCUGGAGCGCAACCGCUUGAAAUCUUUGGCGCCCAACAUCUUCCUCCACCUGCAGAACCUGGCCUCCCUAAACCUCAACAACAACCGGUUCAGCAAGAUGGAAGAAGGCGUCUUUGCCGGGCUGUCCAACCUCUGGUAUUUGAACCUCGGGUGGAACUCCUUGGUGGUCCUGCCGGACAGGGUGUUUCACGACCUGCCCAACCUGAGGGAGCUCGUCCUGGCCGGCAACAAGCUGCACUACCUGCAGCACCAGCUCUUCUACAGCCUGACGGAGCUGAGGGAGCUGGACCUGAGUGGGAACACCCUCAAGGGCAUCAAGGGCAACAUCUUCACCAAACUGCAGAAGCUGCAGAAGCUGUACCUGCACCACAACCAAAUCAACGCCAUUGCCCCUCGGGCCUUCCUGGGGAUGAAGUCUCUGCGGUGGCUGGACCUGUCCCACAACCGCCUGACCACGCUGUUCGAAGACACCUUCUUCAGCCUCUCGACGCUGCACGUCUUGCGCCUGUCUAGCAAUUCGAUCACCGGGCUGAGGCCGAGGACCUUCCGGGACCUCCAGUUCUUGGAGGAACUGCAGCUGGGGAGCAACAGGAUCCGGAGCCUGGCGGAAAGGGGUUUCGAGAAGCUGGGCCAGCUCGAGGUGCUCGCCCUCAACGACAACCAGAUUCAAGAGCUCCGGGCCGGGGUGUUCCUGGGCCUGAGCAACGUGGCCGUGAUGAACCUGUCGGGCAACUGCCUGAAGAGCCUCCCAGAUUUUGCCUUCCGGGGCCUCAGCCAGUUGCACAGUCUUCACCUGGAGAACAGCUGCCUCAGCAGGAUCAGGCCGCAGGUGUUCUCCAACCUCUCCAGCCUCCGGAGGCUGUUCUUGCGGCACAACGCCAUCUCCGUGAUCGAGGACCACGCCCUGAACGACUUGCACGACCUCGUCGACCUGGACCUGAAGAACAACAGGCUGACUAGGCUCCUCCCCAAUCAGUUGGCGGGCCUCUGGAACCUCGGGUAUCUCCUCCUCUCCUCCAACCGGCUGCUGGAAAUCGCCCCCGAAGCCUUUGCCCCGCUUCGACGCCUCUCUUUGCUGGACCUCUCCAACAACUACUUGGAGGCGCUGGACGGGGACGUCCUGACGCCCUUAUCGAGGCUGGAGUAUCUGAACAUCAAGAACAAUUCGCUCCGAACCUUCUCGGUGGGCUGGCUGGGCCCUUCCCCGAAACUGACCCAGCUGUGGCUGGAAAGGAACAUGUGGGAUUGCAGCUGCUCGCUGAAAGGACUACGAGACUUUGCUCUGCAAAACCCCGGCGUGGUCCUGCGGUACACCCAGUCCGUCACGGAAGGGGACGCUCCGGUGUACUCGUUCAACAACGUCACCUGCCUCAGCCCAGAGGUCGUGAUGGGGCUGGACUUGCGAGACGUCCCCGACAGCCAUUUUGUCGAUUGCUAAGUGCCAGCCUUCCCUUCCCAAAUGCGUCCUCCCGUUUUCCACUCAGCUGGCGUAAGUGCCCUAUCCCCAGGCCGUUGUGACUGUGCAGGACUGAGGCCCUUCUCGUGCGCUCCUUCGUCUUCUUCGUGAGCAGGAGAAGGAAAAAACCACCGUUUAAUUUUGAUUGGGUGUCUUUCAGGCAGGCGUGUCCCGAGUGUUGUACGCCAGCUUUCUUUGGCUGUUCGGCCUCCCAUAGCCCCUCUUCGGUCUCUUUUCUCGCUGUCCCCGAGGAUGGGCAGCCCAUUUGUAGACUUGGCCCAUGAUGCCCUGCUCGCCUGAGGCCAAUUCUCAGCGAUUUCCCUUGGCAAUAUAUAUAUAUAUCAAUUAUGAUUUUUUAAAAAAUGGGACAGGGGCACAAGAAAACUUGGACAGCUGCAAGGACACCAGAAAGCUCCCCUCCCACCCCCCCAAAAACCCCAAAGGGCAUAGUAGGGAAUGAAACAGUCACUAAUAAAUACUGGAAACUAUCCGUUUGUACUGACAUGACGUAACAGGAGGAAAAGACUGUGAUCCUUCAAAAGGAACCCACCAAAUGCACGUACGGCGCAAUACUAGAAAUAUCAGGGAUGGGGUCAGAGGGCUCAGAGUCACUUCCAGUGGCAGGCUGGGUCGUUAACCUGCUAAGAAUGAUCUUUGUGCAGCACAACAGUCUGAGGGCUACCCUAGGACUUCGGACACCCUCUGUUCAAAUCUGCCCCCUGCCGUGAACUUCCUAAAGCUGCCUGCCCCUCAGGCGAGGUGUCAGCUCUCAGCCUAGCCUUCUUCACAGGGUUGUUGUGAGGAUAAAAGAGGGCAGGGAACGACGUAUGCUAUCUUGGGCUUCUCAGAAGAAGGGUGGAGUAAAUGUAUGGGGAUAUCUAUUCCCUUAAUGAUGUGCACAAAGGAAAGAAAUUACCUUUGUCUGCAGGUGUUCUGCAUGUGCGGGGUCUUUCAAAGAAAGUUAAAAUUGCUUGUUGUUAGAACGGUUGAUUUUCGAUGUUCCUUCGCCAGCCUUUGCACUCUCUAAAUUGUACUGUCUGUUCCAAUUAUUGCA